GGCGGCGUUUACAUGCGAUGCGCAAAGGCGCCGCCGCAGCUAAGCGACAGCAGCUGCAGCAGUUACGCCAACAGCAACAACUGCUGCUCUCAACGGACGCCGCCUCUUCAUCGGCAUCUUCUCGCUUGGCCGCUGCACUGAUUUCAUCGGCGGUGGCUCUCAGUGCUGCAACGAGCUCAGCCGCGGCUGCCACUGCGAGCCUUGUAAAUAAUCAUAAUCAAAGCCAUAUGCAACAACAACAACAACAACUACAACAGCAACACAGUUUAGCACGCACUCACUAUCAGCAGCAGCACUUGCAACAGGCGCAUUCACAGCAGCACUCCCACAGACACCAUCAUCACCAUCACCAGCCAAAUCAAUCGCACAACCAUCAUCAGUGCCGCUCGAAACGCAAACUGCAAAAAUUGUAUUAUACGCUUUGCCGUUAGACUAGUACACCUAAUUAUAAACUAUCUAUACAUACAUCAUAUGCAAUUCAUUUUGUUUAAGCGUAGGUUAAGUUACCCUCAACUCAACUCUCUCUUUUUAUACCUAUUAUGUAAAGCUAAGUUUAGGUUCAAAUAUU